AGAACUCUCCUCAAACCUCCUUAAGCACCUAUAAAAUCUUCAUUUUGUAAUAUCUACCUGAUCGACAUCAUCAUGUAAAGAUUUAUUAUCUGCUUGAAAACCAAAAUGUUCUCCUAUCAUAUAAAGCUAUCAAAUAACAUUUGAUUUCGCAAUAUUUAUUAUAUUUGUUAUUUAUACCACAAAGCAAAUGCUGAGAAGUGAGAGUGGAAAGUAAGUAAACUCAGAAAGCCACAGAAACCCAGGUGCACACACUGCACAUACUCAUGCUGCCACUAUUCAUUCGGAACGCUUUAGUUACACCCGUUCACGAUUUAGUUACUCCAUAUACCAUGGACCACAAGAUAUAAUCAAUCCCCCAAUAUACUGCUAUAAGUCGUUGGGCUUUGAAAAAGAUACAACAACAAAAUAAAAAAGACACAAACAUGUUCGCAAAUGGCUUUUUGUCACAAUUCACAACCUGCAAAAGUGUAACAGUUCAUUCGCUAACUCCUGGCGGAACGUAUACCAAGUUCGGUUAUGUGCAAGAAUUAAUUUUUUCUGAAAGUGCGAUUAACUGUGAAAUUGAAUUUAAAUUAUGUACUUUUUUAAAUACGGGCUACUUGUCUUGACAUUGGUAACAUGGUUCGCAAAAUCAUCUUCAUUCGAUUACGAUUACGAAGAUGAGCAUGGUGAUCGUGAAAAACGAACGUUAAUUUUGGGAGUUAUAUUCAAAAAUUUACUACUGCAACAGGCUUUGGCUAGAAAUAAUAUGAGAAUGAACGCUACAACAGCUAUGCCACCUAUGAUGGCAAAUACUUCACCAGCACCCCAAGCUCCUGCGCAAUCGCCACCACCACCUCCACCCCAACCAUCACCACCGCCACAACCUCCACCACCUGCUCCAACUUCUCCCGCCCCACCACCAGCACUCCAUCCAGCAGUAUCUACGCCUCAAGGAAUUCGAGCUCCUCAAUUAGUACCCCAAGGACCUCCUCCUUCGCAAGGAUUUCUACCACAUCAACAAGGCUUUAUUCCUCAAGGAUAUCCAUCAUAUAACCCAGCGUUUCAUCCAUCUCAGCAGGCAUUAUAUUUCCCACAAAACUAUCCAUUUGGAGUUUCACGAUUCCGCCAAUUGCCCUUCGGACCAGCUCCUCCAUUGGGAGCGCAGGCUGGACCCCAAGGUGCUCCAAGAGUUCCUGUUAAUUUUCCAUUCAACUUUCAAAAUGGAAUAUUUCAAGGCAUACCACAGAGGGCAUCAUUCCUACCACAGCCUGGAACGCCAGGGUCAGCAUCUCAGCCGCAGCCCGCAUCGCCACAGCAGGCCCCACCUUCUGAUUCAGGGCCAUCACAAAACCAAAUACCACCUUCUGGAGGUGGUUCACAAGAACAGGCGCCACCUUCAGGUCCUGGACCAUCCGGCCCAGGAGGAGAUGCUUCACAAGGACCUUCCCAAGAUACUCAGCAAAGACAGGAUGCAGGACCAACAGCACCUGAAAGUCAGAGCCCAUCAGCUCCGGGAGGUGAAAAUCAACAAGAAUUGCCACCAGACUCCUCGAGUCCUGAACCUCCGCCAUCGCAGCCACCUUCAGGAGGAGAUGGUUCACAACAAGACUUCCAAUUUGGGCCAGGGCCAUCAGACUUUCCGCCAACACAAGCUUCAGGAGGAGACGGAUCGCAAGGACAAUUUCCAAAUUUCUCGUUUGAUCCACAACAAGGCGCAAGUCCUCCCAAUCCACAAGAUCCAGCACCAGAACAACAAGGACCACCACCAAACUUCUCAAGCCAACCAUUGGAUCCCAAUUUACAACAACAAUUCGACCCGCAGUUGCAGCAACAAUUAUCUAGCAAUGGACUCUCUGCAGAUCCUCCGCAAAACUUUGCACCGUCUAAUGGAUCCCCACAACCUGGACAACCUGAUAAUAGGUUUUUCGAUUUGCGGCAGUUUGCUGGGGCCGACAAUAGUGUCUUUGAUUUUCCUCAACAAGGUGGAUCUCCACCAAAUGCUGAUCAGCAACAACAACAACAACAGCAACAACAAACUCAACCAUCCUUCCCAAACAACUUUCAAAAUGGACUUUUUACACCAAGUGGCCAAGAACAAUCGCCCUCAUCAGUCAGCGAUCCAAGAUUGGAUUUCGGUUUUAGAGGGCAACAACAGUUUGAUUUCUCAUCACCAUUUCAAGAUUCCGGUAAUUUUCAAAGGAAUUUCUUUCAACAAAAUUUAUUUUAAUAAUAAAUUCUUGUGAAACAAAAAGAUACCUUCG